AUGCCGGAUCGCCGCUCCCCCCGCGUCCUCGCCGCCCCACUCAUCCUCUCCCUCCUCUCCGGGCAGCACGUCCUCGGCCAAGCGUCGCCGGGGUUUCCCAUGGUCAUCAACACAUGGGGCGGCCCCUUCACGGCGGCCACCGACGCCGCGUACCAAGCGCUCAUCAAGCCGGGCACCUCGGCCCUCGACGCCGUCGAGAUCGGCUGCGCGACCUGCGAGGCGAACCAGUGCGACGGCAGCGUCGGCUUCGGCGGCUCCCCCGACGAGCGCUGCGAAACCACCCUCGACGCCAUGAUCAUGGACGGCGUCACCAUGAAGUCCGGCUCCGUCGCCGCCCUGCGCCGCGUCAAGAAUGCCAUUGGUGUCGCCCGCCACGUGCUCGAGUACACCUCCCACACCAUGCUGGCCGGCGACUUCGCGACUGAGUUCGCCCUCGACAACGGCUUCGUCGCCGAGAACCUGACCACCGCGGCCUCGGCAGCGCGGUGCGCCGAGUGGCAGCGCGGCAACUGCCAGUCGAAUUACAGGCAGAACGUCAAGCCGGACCCCAAAGCCGCGUGCGGGCCGUACACGCCCGUGGCGCUCGACUCGAGCUCGUCCGGCUACUUUGACCUCAUCGCGCCGAACUCGGCGCAGGCGUCGCACGAUACCAUCUCCAUGAUGGCGCUGGACGCGAACGGGAUCAUGGCGGCGGGUACGUCGACCAACGGUGCCUCAUUCAAGGUGCCCGGCCGCGUGGGCGACGGGCCGAUCACGGGUUCCGGCUCUUAUGUUGACGGCGAUGUCGGGGCGUGCGGUGCGACGGGCGACGGCGACAUUAUGAUGCGCUUCUUGCCCUGUUACCAGGCCGUGGAAAGCAUGCGGAGGGGAAUGAGCCCCCAGGAUGCGGCGACAGAUGCCGUGGUUCGUAUGGUGAAGAAGUACCCAGCCGUGUCUAGCGGGAUCGUGGUAGUCAACAAUAAGGGCGAGCACGGAGGUGCCGGGUCUGGAUGGACUUUCACGUACGCCUUUAGAGGUGGCAAGAUGAACGCUACCGAAGUUGUGACUGUGCCGCCCGUCGGCGUGAGCCUGUCUUUGCACGUUGAGUCGGAGUUGAGGUAG